AUGCGUGCAACGGCAGUGACAGCGCUGCUGUGGGUUGGUGGCAGUGCGCUGUGUGCGUCGUCCAAGCUCAAGUCCAAUGCACCAACCUCCAAGAUCAAGACGUCCGUAACGCGUGAGGCGUGUGCCACGCUCUGCUACACCUUCAAGAACGUUUCCCCUCAAGCGCCGUUGAGUACGGCUACCAAUGCUUCUUCUGCGAACACCCAAGCUGAAUUCCACCGCGCAGUCCCAGCGGCCCAUGCGUGCCUGUCUGCAGCGACAAAGGAGUUGCCGUUCUGCAACACGAGUCUGUCCAUCGGUGCGCGCCUCGACGACCUCAUUGGACGCCUCAGUCUUCAGGAGAAGGCCGGUCUCAUUGGCCCUGAUCCCGUCACCAGCCCAUGCGCCUUCCUCAACUACGGGCGUCAAGAGGUGGGAAAGGACAUUCAGCACCCACGCAGUGACUUGCUUGAUAUCCCGCCGUAUCUGUAUCUGGUGGAGACGAACACGGCCGUUGCCUUUGCGUGCAUCAUCAGCCAGGACAUGUGUGCCACAACCUUCAUUGGCCCCACAGGUCUUGCCGCAGCCUUCAACCGAGUCAUAUCCACGGAGAUACGCGCCUUCAACAAUCUCAACUGGCACAGAAGCGGCGGCGUCUUGAAGAAGAUCGUACUCGCAGGUGCCCCCUUCAUCACCGGCGAGAAUGCUGCUGACGUGACGGGCUGCCAUGACGGUCCAGACAAGAAGUACGAAGAAAAAUGGCAGCAGCGACGCUGUUUCAUUUGCACACUUGAUGGCGGUCGUGUCAUUCACACUGCUGUCACCGCUCCAUCGCAUUUAGGUCUCAGGCACAUUGACGCGUACUCGGUCGAGACAAGCCACAUGGCAUUCAACGGGAACAUCUCCACGUUUGACCUCUGGGACACCGAGACGCUGAACGGUGGCUCUGAUACGGAGCUCAAAGAGACAUACUGCACCACAAACGGCUACUUGGAGCAGGCUGUGCAGCACAACCGCAUGACAAUCAACACGGUGAACAACGCCGCAUCGAUGAGUGCACGGCCUGCGGACGCAACCCUCACCUCCAAUAACGGCCGCUGCAUCAGCGAGUGCCCCGACGGCGGGCAUGAGCUCGGCAACGCGUGUGCUGAGUACCACUUCACGCGUGCGCCAAGUUCGUGCAUUGCCCAUUGCCCUCUCAACUACUACGCCAAGGACCACCGCUGCGUGCCAUGCACCACGUGCGGCAUGGGUACCUGGGCCUCCACCCCAUGCUCCGCGUCCUCCGACGCCGUCUGCUCCCCCUGGACCGAGUGCAAGCCGGGCCAGAAGGAGUCUGUCUCUGGCAACGCCUACCAACCUCUGCCGGACCGCGCCUCGUGCUUACCCACCAGUGCGUGCGAGGAGCCCUUCAUCGAGACCAUCCCGCCCACGCUCACCACAGACUGCCUGUGCUCCUGCGACACACUCACCUGCAACAAGCUCAUCACGCAGCUGUUUGAGGAGAUGGUGUGCGCCGACCCCACGGACGAGCAGCUCGACGUCGUGCUUGACGUGCUGCUCCAACCAGGCGAGGAUGGCAUCCGCGACACCAUUUGCCAGAUGGAUGCCGACGAGGCACGCCGCUCCUGCACAGGCUGCACAGACACGUGCGAGUGCAGCGCAGGCUUCAUCCUUGUCUACGACGCCGACUCGGCCGACUGUCGACCAUGCGACGGCGUGACGGAGUUCUCCGCAUCCAUUGGCGGCAGCAAGUGCGGGCCCGUUGAGGAGUGCGAGCGCGGCCAGGAGGAGAUCUCCGCGCCAACCCACUACUCCUCGGACCGCGUGCGCCGCGACUGCCCGGCCGGCGCCAUCGACUCGGACAGUGACGGCUCCACGGCGACCGUGUCUGCGACGAGUGCCCGGAGGGCACGUACAAGGCUGUCUCUGGCCAGCCAGGGCGUGCCCUGCCUCCCCGUCACCACGUGCGAUGCCGGCGAGGAGGAGACGGCCGAGUCCACCCCAACGAGCGACCGCGUGCGCAGCCAGUGUGAGCUUGAUGCCACCUUCAAGCCCGUCGACGGCCAGGCCGAGUCAUGCCGCCCCGUCACGCACGAGUGCGAGUUUGGCACCUUCCAGAGCCAGGUGCCCACGCUCGACUCUGACCGCGAGUACGCUGGAGUGCUCCGAGUGCCCAAGCGGCCGCUACGAGAUUCACGCCUGCUCUGCGCUGGAGGACGUGCAGUGCGCCGGCUGCUCAGCGUGCCCGCCAAACACAUACAUCCUGCGCGCCUGCGACUCGGAGAACGACGUGUCGCGCCAGCAUGCAACCCGUCGACGGAGUACGAGCGCACCGCCUGUGCCACCUCAUCGCCAAGUGCGACCCUGGCGAGCAGCGCAUGCGUGCGCCCACCUCAACCUCCGAUGCCAAGUGCGAGCCGUGCCCCAUCGGCAGCACCGACCACGACCGCAACCCGCUCACUGCCUGCCAGCCGUGGCCCUACGGCCACUAUGUGCCGGCGGGCUCCAUCGGCUCCUGCGAGCAGUUCCUAUGCCCGGCCGGCACCGCCGACCUGGACUGCAACGCCAGCACAUACCGUGCACGCCGUGCCAGGUUGGCGUGGACUUUGCCGCGCUCUCUGGCCAGCUGCGACCUCGACUACGAGGAAGUGGUGCGCCCUCCCAUGCGCCCCACCAUCUUCACGGACCGCCAGUACCGCCGCUGCAUCGAGGCCCUGUUCUACCGCGACAGCAACACGGACUUCUGCACGCGCGCAUCUGCUCACUGUGGACGCAGUGCCUGUCAAACAAUGUACGAGCUCGUUUCGCCGUCGCUGGUCAACGCCCGCGAGUGCCAGCGCGUGCGCACUCGUGCCAGGAUACGGAGUACGAGGGGUCCAUCAUCGCCACCGUCGCCUCCCUCAACGAGGGCUUUACGCGCUCCUCUUCAGCCGAUCCGUCUCUGGCGACGUCACCGUCAUGGGCUCCACCGCAUCGCCGUGCGAGGCCGACGCGUUCCUGGACAAUUCCAACGAGCUCAAGGCAUCGGAUGCUGUUGGCUCUUGGACCACCAUGGUGUUGUUGGGAGAGACUUCCAGCAACAGCAAGGAAGUGGGCACUGUGCUUCUGGUCGACCAUCGACAGAGCAGCGUUGCAGUGUGUCAUGCGGUGUUUGAUGAUGCGUCGUUGUUGUUGCCACUGCUCAACACCAACAUGCACAUGUCCCACCACGUCACCUUCUAUCCAAGCAAGAGAGGACAGCAGAAACAGAACACAGCGCUGCUCAAGACAACAGCCACAUCGCAUGGUGCCACUUGCAGUGCAGCCAACCAGCUAAAUGCAAGGUGGCCUGCACCAACAACAACGACAACAAGGCCGCAGGCAUCCACCAGCCACCACUGUGUGUCAGGGUGCUGCAGGGCAAAGAAGACACACAAAGCGGGUCAGUCCAUGGCGCUAUUGUUGUUGUUGCUGUACUUGAACGCCUCGCACCAGUCCUUCGAGCAAGUCCCUCCAGUGAUGCCGCUGCCACUUGUCACUGACAUGGUCUCCUCAUGCAUCGACGAUGCCGUCGCCAGCCAGUUUGCCCGCUAG